AUGCCCCAUACAGUCAUGUUACCUGCCCCAGUUGAUACACCCCACAACUCCGGGUCUCCAGAGCGUCGACUACUACCUCGCAUACGACAGAAACGAGCUCAGGUAGCCAGGGCUUGUGACGAGUGCCGCGCACAUCGGACAAAAUGCGACAACAAUCGACCCUGUUCCAACUGCAACGACAAGGGAAGACGAUGCAGUAAUAGUGAUACGAGGAAAGUUUUGACUCUCUCACAAGCCUAUAGAAAGAUCGAGGAUCUACGGCAGAAGGUCCAAGACUUAGAAUCCAGGCUUGAGCGGGACCCGGAGAAUCGAGUGACUACACAGUAUACUCCUGACCUACUCAGCCGGUCUGAACGCUCAGAUUCUCAGUCUGAAAAUCACACUUCAGAACAGGGAGCAUCUAAAAUCAAACCUUGGGCCGGCAUCAAGCUCCGGCCCGUACGCUCGCCGCAUGAGACUUGGUUCGGGCCGUCGUCAUUGUACCACUUCAUGAAGCGCCUCAGUACUUUCUUGACCUCUUCUCUUCAGGAAAUUUAUACAGCGGACAGCAUGCUUCUCAACUCUGAAAGUAGCAGGAAUUUUCCCGGUGCACCGGAUUUUUUAGAAGGGUCGAGCACUUACGUCACGUCAACGCCAUGGCUUCCACUACCAGAGGGCCUGGCCAAAGAUCUAACACCCAUGCAGGAGGAAUACUUCACGAGCCUCUUCUGGCAAUCUUUUCACACAGCUUCGUCGGCAAUCAUCGAUGAGGCAGAGUUUAAAGAACACCAUCAAUCACUAUGGAUAGGCUCUGGUAACGUACGCAAAUCUUCGGCGCUGGUGGAUAUUGUUCUUGCAAUGUGUAUGCAAUACGGCAUUUCAACACUGCCAACCAAUCAACAGGGAGAGAUCGCAGAUAACCAUGAUGCUACCAUCGCCGGACGAUGGCAUUAUCGACGUUGUCAGAGCCUGCUGACACAUGAGAUGGAAAGUCCCACCAUAUCAACAUUACAAUGUCACCUUCUAUGCGCUCUAUACCUCUGUGGGGGCUCUUUCCAUAACAUGGUUGAUAGCUGUAUUGGUCUAGCCGUACGCACGGCCUAUAUGCUUGGCUUGCACCUCGACCCUCCCAAGACCAUGCCGCUACGCGAGCAAGAGAAACGCCGACGCUUGUGGUGGGCUGUAUAUGUGUUUGACAGCAAGAUCAACAUGAAGCUCGGAAGGCCAUUUCUUCUUCGCGAUUUCCACGUUAUGCCCCAAAUACCCAGCGAUGACCUCGAAACCGCGAUGAUCUCGGGGUCGAGUUUUGCUCCGUUGGGAGACAAUGCCACUUGGCUCAGCUUCAAUCUCCAAAAUAUCAAGCUUUUCACGGCCGUCCGAGCCGCACACACGGCUCUCUACAAUGCUGACCUCAAACUCUCUGAAGGGGAGACGAUAUGGGAUUACCCGCAAAUCUUGGAAGAAUCUGCAAAUCUCAUGCGCCCUCAUAUCAAACUCUUAGAUAAUUGGACAAACGAAGUACCCUCUGGCUUGAAGACGCAGCGCCAGAAUGGCAGCAGACCACUUUCCACGGAUGCCUCAGUCCUCGAAAUCGAAGCUUUCGCACCAAUGUGGGUGCAGCGUCAACGUUUGCUCUUGGAACUGAUGUACCACAACCUCAGUAUCAGUCUCUACCGUUCAUUCAUACCUCUUGUCUCUAACCCAGCUUCGGGGCCCAUCACGGGGGAGAUCGCCGUCCGAUGCGCCGAACACGCUAUAGCGUUUACGAAUAUUCUUCACCAAGUGCUCAGUUCGACUUCAAUCCUGGAUGGCUGGCACGAGGUAUUUCACUGGCAGUGGAACGCGGCAAUGACACUCAUAGGUUUCAUCAUCACCUAUCCUAAUAGUCCAUCAACUACCGCAGCUCGAGGCGCACUCGAAGUUUCCAUAGCCGUCUUCUCCAUUUACGGUAAAAGCCUUUCGAUCGCGAACAGUGCUGGAGAUAUCGUCCGGAACCUCUGCGCGAGGAUCGGCAAAAUUAGCCUGCAAUAUGCUGGCGUGCAGAACGCAACUUUCGAUGGCUCUUUCAUGGGGACAGGGCCAUUGGCACCCGACAACCAGAAUAUCGAUUGGUCGUUCUACGAUAUGAGUGUGCCUGCUUGGGAGAAUCUUUUUGACGUCGCGCUCGAUAUUGAUUUCUGGGGUGAUAUGAGUACGCUGUAG